CUGUAUUCUAACUUUUUUUUUAACAAAAAAGAAAAAACUAAAUGUCCAUUCAAGAUCUGCCAAUCGAGGUCAUGCGUAUGAUCUUCCUGGAAUUACCGAGAAAUUCUGCUUCUAUUUGCAGUUAUGUCUGUAAAUCAUGGCAUGUCCCUGCUACUGACACAUUCUACAACGAAUUGGUCUUAACACCCAGAAACAUGUGCUAUAUUCCAGAGAUCUUAAGAGAUCGUAAACACUUAGCUAAACUUUCAAGAGCGACCAAGACACUUUUAAUCGAAAACGAUGAAGAGUGUGAUGAUGACGAGUGUGAUGAUGACGAUUUUGAUGAUGACGAUUUUUAUGACGAUUUUAAUGUUCAAGAAAAAGUCCAAAACAUCCUUCACCACGAUACUUUUUUGGGGCUGUUGUCAAAAUUAACUAACCUUAAAAAGCUUGAUCUUAGUGGGUCUUCCCAGACUUGGCAUUACUCAGAUUUGCUUUUCGCAGUUAAUGCAAAGCGCAUGCCUUCACUUGAAGUUUUUUUACCUGGAGAAUUCUCGCCCUUUGAAGAAAGUAUUUUGAAAAGCCGUAUACUCCAAGUCUACGACAAAUUCUACAAAUCUAUGAAAUAUAUAAUCAUAGGCUACAAGAACCUUGUGAAUACAGAAAGAACUAUCAGCGGCGCUUCUUUAUUGUCGAAAUAUAAAUGCUUGACCGAGUUAGUGGUCGAAGAUGAUUCCAUCGAUAGUAAUUCAUCUUGUGUAGACCUAUUGAAUGCCUGUCCUAAUCUUGUCAAGCUCACCUUUACCAGGAAAUGCCAAGUACCUGAUUCUGUUUUUAAUCGGGAUAACAACUGUAAGCCAACGAGAUUAAAAAGCCUGAAAUUGGAAAUCCCAACGUUGACCAAUGCAUGCGUCAAAUAUUUACUUCGUUGUGUUGUAUCCGAUCAUUUGGAGAACUUUGACAUCACCCUGACGUCCGAAAACUAUAUUUCGUGGGUAAACAGAGAAAAUGAAGACCUUUUGUUGAAAUUUGCAGCAAAAUUGAGUACUGUCAAGAUUGUCCGUUUCAAUUUCCGUUAUCCUCCCCACGAUGUUAACAUUUCACCACCUUUUCCAACAGCUAAUUCAACCAAGAUUUACUCAGUGAUGAAUGCACUCAAUAGAAACCGUCAAGUAGAGUAUUGUGCAUUAUUUACUGACAAUGACAACCGUCGCUUGGAUCCGGUUAUGAUAAUGGUUGAUAAGCACACAUCUACUUUUAAUGAAAUCAAGGGUUGUUUAGAGGAUGGUAAACUGGAUUGGUUGAUGCCUAAUACCAGUAUUUCCAUGAUCGGGCCCGAGAUAUUAAACAAUGUCAGUUUCAAUGCGAAGCACAACGUGGGAGCCUUUGCUCCUCAUCUAUUAAGAUAUAUGAUAGCCAACUGUCCGAAUAUCAAAACUGGAAAUAUCACGACUGAAAAUCCAUACAGCCGUCUGAAUUUGAUAGCAAAAGAGACCGCCUUUGAUUUAGCAUUGCACGGACCUUUUCCAAGUCAAGAAUUUAUCCGUUUGCUUUCGACAUAUGUCCCUCAGACUAAAUCUUUGAAAAUCCUAAGAGGAGGUCAUUCUGAAGAUAAAGAUGAUCUUAAGUUUAGCUUAGACUUGACGUGUUUAAAGGGUUUAAAAAGUGUGUCGAUUGGUAUUAACUACGCCGGGCGACUGAUAAAAGAUAAUUUCUGUGCUCAAUUCAAAUUUCCAGAUAGUGAUGUUAUUCAUUCCUAUGUCUUUUCCAACUAUCCUAAAGCACCGGUACACAGAUUAGAAAAGAUAGCAAAAGCUGACUAUGAUUCACAACCUUGUCUCUCUUCUCACAAAGUUUUCAUUGUAUGUCCUAGAGUCGAAAAGCUGGAUAUCCGUGUAACGCCUCAAAAGGUUUUUGUCAGCCAAUACCGAAUGGAGCAAAUUGCCCACUUUCAAAUUUCAUUUGAUAUUUCAAAAUAAAUUCUUUAUAUCUAAUUUACAAAUGUUCGAAUAUGUUCCGAAGGAACAUUGUUGCAAGUCUCAAUUAUACCUGUAGGAAAAUCCUUUUUGUUACAAAAUUAACUACGUUUGACCUUAUUUUUAACUAUUGACCAAAAAUGCUCAAUCGGAUGAAGUUUAAGCGAACAAGAAGAGAUACAAAUGCACCUACAUCAUAUCAUUUAGUCAUCCUAAUAUCAAUUUCAUUGGAUGUAUAGAUUGGUGAUUUAUUUAUCAUAACCAAAUAAUAUUCUUUCAUUUUUAAAAUGCAA